GCCGAGUCAAAAGCGGCGCGGUUUCAGGAUUUAGUCGACCUUCUUCCGGGUUCGACUCGGAACGUACCAAUACGAGUGGAACUUGAGGGGGAGCACAUUAGUGACGACUUCAUUGAAACAUAUUCUAAAACAAAUGUUUUGUUUGUAAUAAUAAUUAAAUUAUGUUUAGUGUGUUUUUAAAGAUGAUAAUGUCUCAGUAUAUACGUGUUAGUCCGGAUUUUUGUUUAAUAAAACAGGCUUCAGUCUUCUACAACUUGAUUGGUUAGUACAUGGUGACGUUUUUAGCAAUUUAAAAAUUCAAAACAGCUGCGGCGCUAUUCGAGCCCGUCGGAGGCGUUUGGGGGGGAAUUACGAAUAAAACUGCAGGGAACAAUGCAGGCGUUAGGCCACGCUUUGACACAAAUGGUAAAGACUUUCAGACAAGAGUGUCCUCAGCUGCAGCAGUCCGAGAGGACCACAGUUCACGGCGCUGAUGCCAUGCUGCUGGUGCUGCAGCUGGCCAUGGCUGACGUCAGCAAACAGAAAAGUGGAGAGUUCAAGGUGGCUCUCAGCGACGUCCUGAUGGUGUGGAAACACUUACUGCUGCAUAAACUUCACCUGCAGCCCCCCGGGGCCGCCCGCUUGGAGAACUAUGAUCUCAUCCUGGAGGCCUACGAAGGCUUCCUGAAGCGCACCAACACGGUGGAUCUGGUCGACAUUUUCUCAGGGUGCAAAGAGCUGAGAGGGGACUCUGAGGAGGUUGUAAGCCCUGUCCAGCUAUUUGAGUUCCUGACGGGCAACACGGGAGAUAGCCCUGCCUCGUCCAUGCCAUCGACACCAUCUAGCAAAAGCCGACCCUGCAGCUCACAGGUCAAAGUGGCAGUGAGGAGAGUCUUCUGCUCCUACCUGAGCUUGCUCAUCAACACCAAGAACGACCUGGCCUUGGCGCUCACGCUGGACGUCCCCAGCCGCUCGCUGGGCCGUCAGACCUUCACGGAUCUUAAACAUGCCGCGCAGAACAGCAGCACGUCCCUCUUUUUGGCACUGACGUCUUUCGUGAGAGCCAUCCAACUCGGCGGGAAGGGCUACGCUCCGGCUGAGUCGGACCCGCUGAGGAAACACGUCAAGGGCCUGUCCAGCUUUGUGCAGUUCCUGGACAACUUGGAGGAGAUCCUGGGGGAGACGCCUGACCCAAGUGUGUGCGGAACCAAGCUGGUGUCGGCCAUCCGGGCGGCACUGGUGAAAGGAUGCUCCGGCGAGGAGGCGGUGAGGGCCGCAGCUGAGGAGACGGCGGCCGAGCUGAAGGACCGGCUCUGCCAGCUGUACCGGAUCCAGAAAGCGACCUCGCUAGCAGGCGGGACAGGGAUCAGCCCUGCCAGGCCCAAAGCGUACGCGGUCAAUCACGCCACGGCGUACGGAGGCCGUGAGACGGUGAAGCUGCUGAUGGCGCUGCUGGACGAGGAAGCGCUGGCGCCGCCUUGUGCCAACAAAGCCGAACUGCUGUCAGAGGACCAGCCAGUCCUCAACGGAAGCGAGGGGACGUGUGUCCUCACCUUGUUCAGAUCCCCUGAAGUGUCUACUGGAUCUUCACCAGAACCCCUCAAGAAAAGAGUUCAGAGCCGCCUGGACCUGCUCAAACUCAAGGUGGGACCCAGGAGCAUCCGCUCCCAGUUUGCCUGCACCUACAGAGACCAAGAACCGCCCCUCAAUCGUGUUCUGCACUUCCCCAGUACCAGUCAGGCCCCGACUUGUGUGCAUCCUGCGCCCAAACCCAAAACGGCAGCUCUGGAGGUCCUGGCGUCAGACAAGCCGUCGUCCUUCGAGUGUCAUACAGGGACCAGGGUCCUGGCUCCAAGAAGCGGAAACGCCCCCUUGAGAGGAGUCCCGGGCCCGGACAACGCAAAGAUGACGAAGGGCAUCAAAAGGAAGCAGGCGGAUGUGGAUGUUGAAAAUGUCCAACGUGACAACGAGCCUCCGGAGAAGAUGAAGCAGCGGACCAAGACGAAGGCAAAGAAGAAACUGAUUGCAGGACAGGCAACGCUAAGCAGCUUCUUCAGGGUCUGAGCACAAUCUUAUCUUAUUUUGAAAGUCACUGCGUUUUAAUAUUUUCAGUGACAAAUGUGCUUUUAUUGUGACACUUCCUGUUAAAAGGACAUGUGGUCAUUCUCUGAUUUCCUGACUGUUUCAAAUGAUCACGCUCACACUGUAAAUACGUUUCAUUUUGAAAUAAAGUUUUAUUUUGUUUUAUACACACGGGUGGCUUUCUGGUGGUUAAGACGUUUUUAUGUCCCCCAGCAGGGUCGAUACACUCGUCCCACCAUGCACCGCAACACUGCAUGGACAGACAAAACACUUUUUUUUUUUUUUCCCCAAGCACGUGUGAAAGGUGUUAUGGUAAAAGAGCGCUCACCCUCGAUGUCUGUGUCCCGGCGGUCCACCUUCAUGUUGUCCGCGGGAGUGUGGCUCCAGCUGCGCUCCAAAGCAGGAUUCGAGCCCUGAAAGCGUGCUGCUCGCCGCCUGGUGUCCUGCAAAAGCGACACACACUAUUUGUCCAAUCCAGAAUACAAAAAGGUAAAAAAAAAAAAUCACAUUAACAACACUCUACUACAUUGUAUGUGCCUGUUCUUCCCUCCCCCCAAAUAUUGUCUCAUUCUACAGGAAGAGGCCACAAAUGAGCUGUUUUGCCACCAGGCACCCAACAACCCUUUUGGGAAGUCAAAGUGCGAAUGGGUGAGAGAUUUAGACACCCAUUUCAACAGCAGGACACUUCAUUAGGUACAACGGCGCGAGGAAUGAGAAGUGUUCGUGUGUUUUGAAUUAUUGCACGCAGACCUGCCUCAUGUUUUGGCUGCCUCAUUUAGCGGCAAAGAUUUCAAAUGUUACAAACGGCACACUUGUAUGUCGUACGUUGGCAGGUCUGCACUAACAUUGCAAGUCCCCCCACCCCGCCUAACGUGCAUUUUUGGAAUGUGGAAGGAAGCCAGAGUACUCGGAGAAAACCCACACAGAUGUCCAACAAACAUUUGAACCCAGAUAUCCUGACUGUGUGGCCAACAUGCUAACCACUCGGCCACCAUG